AUGAACUCCACUGAUUCGCAAGCCCAUCACACGUCUCCAGCAGUUAGCCCGCACCAACCUCAUCUCAAAGCGCACCGGAGACUCUAGGACAUGGUCCCGUUUAUUGCGACAAUUUCAAGCAUGUAUCACCAACAGAGCCUUCAUGGCACACAGAGGCCAAGUGGCUACGGGUUGGGGGACUACGCGUCCUCUUCAAACCCCUACUUGUGGCUUAACGGGCCCACUGUUAAUUCUUCAACAUCAUACCUGCACGGAAACAACUCUGCGCCGUUCAUGCCGUCAUCUUACGGGUCGCAGCGGCAGUUCCUACCCAAUUCAUCCGGAUUCGCAGGUGCAGAUUUGGGCUGGCUGUCUGUAGCGAGUCAAGAAGAGUUGCUGAAGCUGGUGCGUCCACCUUACUCCUACUCUGCCACUUAUCGCCAUGGCUAUUCAAAACGCACACGAAAGAAACUGACUCUCAGUCAGAUCUACCAGUACGUGGCGGAGAACUUUCCUUUUUACAAAAAGAGCAAGGCUGGCUGGCAGAACUCUAUCCGCCACAACCUCUCGUUGAACGACUGCUUCAAGAAGGUUCCCCGAGACGAGGACGACCCAGGAAAGGGUAACUACUGGACCUUGGACCCUAACUGUGAGAAGAUGUUUGACAACGGGAACUUCCGUAGAAAAGAGGAAGCGGCAGGUCAGACUCUAGCAACGGCAUUCCUGGGAAACGCUAAAGUGGAGGAAGGACGACCUGCUCCCGCUAUUAAGUCUUCCGACAGUCCCACCGUUGAUGGAGCCUUCCUCACCAGAGCUGGACUCAGCGCAGCGAAGACCAAAAAAGCGUAUCACCUUCAGGGCUGAACGGCUGCACCAUGUUUUAAUAACUUUUUUCAGCAGCAUGUCGGCUCUGGCCCCGGCCCCACCAGUAGGCAGGGGUCUCUUGGACUGAUGAACGAGCUGUCAAGUCGCAACAUCACAGGGGUCAGCCCGUAUCACACAAAUUCCUCUCAGGACAGUGGCGGUCCUGAGAUUUCGGACAGCCUACACCUCAACCGUAGUGUCUACUACAACUCGUUCAGCAGCGGGCAAAGUGGACAAUUUAACGGACAUUUCUACAACAGCUUCAGUGUAAACAGUUUGAUAUACCCCAGAGAGGGGACUGAGGUGUAG